AUGGUGGUGCGACUGCGACUGGCCAGACACGGGACGCGCAACAACCCUUUCUACCACAUUGUUGCUAUCCGGGACUCGAAGCCGCGCGAUGCUCGGCCGAUUGAGAAGCUGGGCGAGUACGACCCGAUCCCCCGGCCUCGAGUUGCCGUCGCUGCAUCGGCAGCAGGAACCGCCUCUGCAACGUCCAGUGCCGAUGCGUCAUCGUCUUCGUCGGCCUCUUCGCCCGGUCCGGUGCUGACGUCAGGAAUCGAAUCCGGACCACCAAAGUUGGAAAAGAGAAUCGAGUGGAACGCGGCGAGGAUCAAGUACUGGCUCGAUACGGGCGCUCAGCCGAGCAAACCGGUCGCCAAGCUGCUAGACAGGGCCGGUCUGGUCCCGCCCGGAAAGACAUACAAGGGCAUCUACAAACCACCG